AGCGUGCUCUGCAAAACCACCGUCCGCGUCUAAUGGCGGUCAGCGCCCCCUUCGACGACCUAAUAGUUCAUCGCCCAACCAACCAGACAAACCACGAAAUCCAACCCGCGAACCGGUGGAAAAGCCUGCUGGUGUGUCCUGGGGGCUUGUAGCACCCGACUCUUUCGUACACUGAAGCUUGGGUUGCCUGUCUUACACCUCAUCCGAGAUAUUGAAGUCGAGCUGGGCAUUCAUGCCCGGAGCCACACCUACAAACUCGAUGUUUGCGCGGUAUCCCCUGGCACUUUACCUCAGCGAGGAUGAGUUUCUCGUUGAGAGAGGUGGUAGCUACAUUGAGGUCAGCUGCCGUUACAAACGCUCCUCCCGCUGGGGUGUGGUUUCUGGGCCCGAGUUUUGCGCGCAGCACCCGAAAUGCCCCGCCUGGUUGCUGGAGAUGGAGCUGCACAUUUCUCAGACCAUUGGCAAGAUCGACUACGCAUCGUUCAGCGUAGAGUUCUACUCGGAGACCGCGCGCCGCCCCAGCUGCCAUGGCGUCUUGGUCACCGAAUAUCACAAACCGGCUAAAGACGAAGGUCCACCGACACAGUGGGAGUUCAGGCAGCAGAAGGCGGUCAACCUCGAAGGCCCAACGCCAGUGGGACCGGUCAAGGUCGGGCACUUCAUCCGUGAAACCAAAGAGACGAUCACGGACCGUUGGCGCCUUGAGGCCAUGACCUCGUCCAGCAGCCGAGCAGAAGACCGACUUCCUCGACGCAUCAAGUGGACGGUGAAGGAAAGCAGGGGCAAAGCCAGGUCUUCGCUGCCAGUCUGGGACCUGGCGGUGUUGGUGAGACACGAAGGAGAGCCGUUCCUCAUGCGCCCGUACGUCUCUGGUCGGCUGCAGGGCGCCCGCGGAAUAUGGAUUUUUCGGCUGCCCAAGUUCCUAGUCCCAACAGUGAGGAGAGUGAUUCCUCAAAGACAUGAUCCCGAGAUCGAUUUAAGCGAAGCUGCCCGAAAGCUGGUCGAAGAUGCCUUGCCGCCGUCGCCGUCGGCGGAACUCGCCACCGGGGAGCAGUUGGAGCAGCUGGCGCCGUUAACAACCGAACUGGACCAUGCGUUCAACCAAGUCGACGCGGUGCUCCGGGGACCGUCUCCGGCUGGACCAGACACUCGAACGACGGCUUCGUCAACAAUGCAGUCCAUGCUGCCAACCAUCCAAGCCAUGGCAGAGCAGCAGCCAACCAUGCCUCUCCUCGCACCACAACCUGGCGCACUGCUGGCGAGCCAGCCCGGCACGCUGCCCAGGCCCGGACACCAGCCGACUGCAGUUCCAUCCGCCGCGCCGAGCUCCUAAGCUAUGGCCGGUUGUCGCCCGUCGGAGCAGGUCCAAUCCGAUCGAGUUUAGGAUGAGCGUCGCCUUUUGACAACCGGGCGCCACUCUCCCUCAGACCACCAUGUGCAGCCGGGCUUAAA